CAUGUCAUAGACAAACUGUGAGUUGGAGAAAGAGGAGAGGAAGAAGGAGACGACCAGAGCAUUUUCCUCGUUAACCACCGGAGACGCAGAGGACCCAGCUCUGAGCUGCCAAUUGCUUUCAGAGGUGGUCUCCCCCCAAACUAUGAAUCCACUUUUGUCCUGCUUGUGCAUGAAGCGAGGUUGUAAAAGACUUGGGUAUGAGGAUCCAAUUGUUCUUGCUUCUGAGACACCUUUUACUGUGAAUGAAGUAGAGGCUCUCCACGAUCUCUUCAAGAAGCUGAGCAGUUCUAUAACUGACGACGGCCUCAUUCACAAGGAAGAGUUUCAGCUUGCACUAUUCAGAAAUAGUAGUAAGCAAAAUCUUUUCGCAGACAGGGUGUUUGAUUUAUUUGACGUUAAGCGCAACGGGGUUAUCGAAUUUGGAGAGUUUGUCCGGUCAUUGGGUGUCUUCCACCCUAGAGCUCCUGAAGCCGACAAAAUCGCCUUUUUGUUCCGAUUGUAUGAUUUAAGACAAACUGGUUAUAUUGAACGUGCAGAGUUAAAGGAGAUGGUGCUGGCUCUUUUAAGGGAAUCAGAUCUGGAACUUUCUGAUGAUGCAGUCGAAUCAAUCAUCGAUAAGACAAUGAUGGAGGCAGAUACGAAAGGAGAUGGAAAGAUUGAUCGAGAAGAGUGGAAGGAGUUUGUUGCGAAGAACCCAUCUAUCAUCAAGACAAUGACUCUUCCAUAUCUAAAAGACAUAACCUUGGCAUUUCCCAGCUUCGUUAUGAAUUCUAACGUUCGAGAUUAGAGACUCCACCAAAAAGAACGGAGUCGGUCACAAACCACCUCCUCCUCCUCAUCCGAUUUGCCGAAGAUAUCGGGAAUUGACUGAACACUGUGUAAGCAUUUUCUAACAUUAUGUCUUGAACGGUAUAAGCUGUUCUAGGUAGUCUGCGUAAGUAGUUGUAUGCCAUCCAAGUUGUGAUACAUCUUUGCCCGAUUGAUAUACACCAUGUACUAUGAAACAAAAAUUUGAAAAGAUAUGGAUUUUGGCAGAGUGAUCUGCAAAACUAUUAAAUGAGAGGUAAUCACUAUGCAUAUUUGUAAAUCUGUAGAGCCACUUUGGAAAGAGACGACUGUUCUGAACAA